AUGGAGUCGGCCCUAGAGCCCUCCUUCUUCAACGGCGAAGUGCCGGUCACGCUCAAGUACACCGACCGCGAGGACCGCCGCGCCACGAUCACCGCGGCGGCGGGCGGGAUGGCGCGGCAGCGCGUGCUGAACCUGCAGCUCACCGAUGAGGCCGACGCCUACCUCCUCUACUCUCUCCACCUUUCGGAGGACGACUUCCACGCCCUCAAGACGGAGCAGUCUCUGCUGGUGGACUUUGCGACCUUCCCGGGCAAGCUGGUCGAGCUGCUGCGCCAGUGCCAGGCGUGUGCCGCCGAGGAGCAGCCGCGUUUCGUCGCCGAGCUCUCUGUCGGCGACAGCGCCGCCUCCUCCUCCGCCGGCAAGCCGCCGACGCUCGAGCGGUGGCGAGCGGAGGGCGAGAGCUUCCAGGCGGAGCUGUCCGAGUCUCGCUCCGCGCACCGAGAGGCGGAGAGCCGGGCGGCGGCGCUGGCGGCGCAGCUGCACGAGUCGCGGCUGGCGACGCGAGAGGCGACGCACCGGCUGGAGGGGGCGGAGCAGGAGGCGGCGCUGCUGCGCGAGCAGACCGCGGAGCUGCGCCGCGAGAACAGCGGCCUCGCCGCCGCCAACCACGCCCUCGAGAAGGCGGCCGGCGCCUCGCGCAUCGAGGUUGCCGCGCUGAGCGCGAGCACCGCCGACAAGGACGCGCUCGUCGCAAAGACGUCGUCGCUGCUCGAGGCGGCGGCGGACGCGAGGCGGUACGAAUGGGGAAGAGGAAUAGCCACUCGGUUGGUGUGA